AUGGGAGCUCGUCAAUCCUAUCUCUACAUUUAUUUAAAGAAUACUGAAAGAUCAUAUUCCCAUGAUGGAUACAAAGUAACUCAUUCCAUAGAAUCAGUCGACAAUUGUAAGAACUUUGAAGUUGUUACACAUAAAAUAGAAUAUAACCCAGGGGAUGGUACUAAUUUCGAUAUUUACCUAUACGAAACUGAAGACAAAAAUCCUAACGCUUACUAUUUUUUCGCCUAUUGUUCUCCUGGCAUCAAAACACAUGUUGCCAAAGAGGUCAAAGUAUAUUAUUCAAUUUUAGGUCCUCAUAUUCCUUUGAUGAUUUCUUUUGUUAGAGAUAAAGACACCAUUAACUGUGACGUUGACAAAUUAAGAAGAGACAGAUGGAAUUGGGCCGCUUAUAUAACUGAUUAUUCCCUUGGGACUGAUCUUAAAAAACCUUUGGAAGAUGCGUUCAAGAAGACAUUUUGGAACAGAACAAUAGAAUUUGAGCAAGGAAGUAAGCCAACUUCAAAUGUUAUAGUAUUUCCUCAACGAAUUGAUGAUAAAAAUUACAGAAUUAUCUUUAUACCAAAUAAGGGAGAUCCAGUUUUGAAUGUUAACUGUUUAUUUAGUUUUGAUACUACAUUUAAAUCUGAAUAUAAAUCGUAUGAAGUUCAAGCUGGUUGUAAAAAUACUAUAUCCAAUGCUAAAAAUCAGAUUGAUUCUUAUUUUCUGGAAUCGCUUAAAAAAGUAGUAUAUUAUAAUGGCAUCAUUGUAUACUAUGCUCGAGACAAAGAACAACAAGGUGACCUCAGACUUGAAGAAAACCACUAUGACAAUACUGCUUUACUUGUAGAGUUUGUUAAUUCAUGUGAAACCGUAUCCUUUAAGAGAAAAAAUAAAAACUGUUCAUGGUGGGUUGAAGAAACAUUUAACUACAAGAACUUUAAAGAUUUGCCUGGUCAGUUAGAUACAAUAUCCAAAGAAGCCAAAGAAGAAGUAAACGCAGUCAUUAUUGAAAAAACUUCUAGAUACCAUGGUGUUUCAGAAUUUAAACAAGAUAAACAACCAGCUUAUAUGAAAUACACACACGAAUUUGGAACAGCUAACACGACAGUCCUCCUCUCUAAUAGAACAAAGUUAGACGUUGGUCCAUUCAAAAAUUUAGGCAUUAAAGCAAAGCAUGUUGAGGUAUGUUAUUUAAAAGUUGGUGAUAAUAACGAUACACAACCGUUUUUAAUAGCAUUGUAUGAAAAUGAAUCGAAACUCGCCAAAGUUUGCCACUUUAACAAUAAGGACAAAUUUGAUGAUUGGAUUGAAUUGGAACCAAUGGACAAAUUAGAGGAAAAAUUAAAAAAAAUAUCGGAAAGUGGAUCUUGUUCUACUCAUGUAUUUUGGCUUAGAAAGGUGGCCUUUUAUUUUUUAACAACCGGUGAGCCUCCCCCUGAAGCUCCACCAAAAGAACCUGUUCCACCAGAAAGACCACCCGUAGAUUCUCCGACACCACCGCCACCUCCAGGACGAAAUUGGUGGUUGAUCAUAGGAUGUAGUGUAGGAGGGUUCCUCUUACUAGUGGCUUUGGUUGUUGGUUAUGGUAUCUAUUGGUACAACACAACCAUCAAACUCUUGACAUAG